ACACGCCCCGGGCCGGGCCCAACCAUGGCGGCGGGGGGGACAGGGACAGUGCCGGGAGCGUCCUGAGGCCUCCCGUUCCUCCGUGAACCACCGAGGAGCCCUCUUGGUUCCCGGCGAGGCUCGGCGGCGGCUCGGCGGGUGUAUUUCUCCCCUCCUCAGCCCUCCACACGCGGGUGUGUCCCCCCGGGGCGCCGCGGUGGAGGGGCCGGCGGGGAGGCGGGUUCGGCACGGCGGCGGCGGGAGAUGCGAAGCGGGGCCGGCUGCGUUCCCUGCCGCCCCACGCCAUGGCUGCCCGGCAGCGGAGCCCUCACGGCGCCGAGACCGCCAGCCCGCAGUCUGCCCCUCGGUGGUGCCAGGGGAGGAAGCGCGGCGCGGAUGGGAAGCGGAGGAGGCAGAGCCAAGACGGCGGGGCGGCGAGGGACGAGAGCUCCGGCUGGGCUGCCGACGGCAGGCUGGGCAGUUUUACAACACCAGAAGGUCCUGGCCCCCUUUCCCGGUGUUCAGACUGGGGAACUGCAGUGGAAGAAGAUGAAAUGAGAACCAACGUUAACAAAGAAAUUGCAAGAUACAGAAGAAAACUCCUGAUAAAUGAGUUUUCAAGAGAAAGGAGGUCCUCUUCUGGAAGUUCUGAUUCAAAGGAGUCCACUGCAACAGUAGAACUUGAGACAGAUGAAGUGGUUUUAAUGAGAAGACAAAAACAGAUAAACUAUGGAAAAAAUACAAUUGCGUACGAUAGAUACAUCAAAGAAGUUCCUAGAUGCCAUCGUAUACCAGGAGUUCAUCCCAGAACUCCAAAUAAAUUUAAGAAGUACAGCCGUAGGUCAUGGGACCAGCAAAUAAAACUGUGGAAAGUUGCACUGCAUUCCUGGGAUCCACCUACUGAAGAAGGGUGUGAUCUACAAGAAAUUAGUCCUGUUGACCUUGGUGAGAUGGAGACAGAAUCCGUAGGAAGCCAUUCUACAGAAUCUCAAACGAGCUGUCAAGAUAAUGAUGAUACCUGUUCUGGCACUCCCACCAAAGUUAGACACAUUGACUAUCAAGCAGAAGGUGAAUUUGACUUGGAAGCGUGUUUGAGUGAGCCACUUAAAGAUUUCAGUACUGUGAGCUAAGUAGUCUUCUGCAAAUUGUUUUAGGGGAAGUUUCUUUUAAAUUUGAGAGGUUAGCUUGAUUCAUAAACUGGGUGUUUUCUGCCUUUUAAUAGUAAGAAAGUUUAAGCAAAGUUGAAGACUGUUCUCCAAGUCGUGGUUGGUCUACAUAUCCUCUGGACCAAAUUUAUGUAAAAAUAGAAUUAAUUUUUGUGACUUCUUUUUAAUUUUUAAUUUAUGUAUGUCAGAUUUUUUUUACAAAACCUUUCAAUACAAAAAAUAGCUGAAGGCAGUGCUGUUCUCAAGUGAUUAUAAACAGUUCAGCAAGAUCUUACCAUUUUAUUUUUUUUCCCCCACUGUGUCCCUAAUUUCAGUUGUCCACCUGCAGAUCAAGAGCAAAAUAGGGAAAUGUUUUUCAGCAUCUGUAUGUCAUUUUACUUUUCCAUCUCUCUACAAAGAUCCGUCUGGAAGUAAUGCAGGCGGUAGCUGAAGCAUACUGCUCGUUAGUACUAGUAUACUUGUCUGUUGCAGUCACUAAAGUUUAAACUGCCUUACCUUUUAAAAACAACAAAAAGAUUCUUUUUAUUUGCAAAAAUGUUUCUGAAACAAUUGGAGAAGAAUUACUCAAGAAAUUAGUCAAUAUUGUAAAGACGAGGUAGCAGUAAUAUUGUCUUACGAAGCAGUAGCCUGAAUUUGAAAUCUGUAAAUAUUAAUGAGUUGUUUGUUAAUACAGUCAAGAAAACAAAAUGUUUAGGGAAAAUAAUUGAUGCUUUUUAAUUUGCUGAUUCUAAAUGUAAAACUUGUAAAUGAUAACACUGUACAGACUUUCUGCUGAAAGCAGUUAAUGUUUCUAUUGCUUUUGUAUGGGAUGUUGCUGGAAAAUAAAUGGAUGUGCGUUUAUUUAUGA